AUGGCCUCACAACCUCAGAUGCAACAGCAGCAGCAGCAGCAGCAGCAGCAACCUGCUGCGGCCUACCCAGCCUACCCGACCUACCCAGCUCUGGCCUACCCCUCCAUGCCACCGCCCGGUGCGCCCGGAGCGUCCGCGCCUCCAGGCCCCUAUGGAGCACCCCUUCCCCCCUUCCCACCGCAGGUGCCACAACAAGCACCGGGCACAUGUCAUGUCCAGAGAAUUCGACACCAGGGCAGUGAAAAGAGCACCUUGGGCGCAGUGAUUGUGACCAUUAGCGAGGGCUGCUCUUAUGAUUCCAUCUUCAAAGAGGUGGCACAAACGGAUGACCAGGGGACCUCGGUGGCCACCUACUGUGUGUCGAUCAGCGGCUUGGAGCAGCUGGGUGAGGCUUUGGAGGACAAGGACCGCGCCAGUGGAGACUUGGCGGAGCUCAUCCAGGACUUGGGCCGUGUGCCAGCUGCGAAAGUGGUCUUCAAUUGGGAGUGCUGCUCCUCCUGCAGUGAGCAUGGAUUUCAAGGUGGUGGCUUGUUGCCCUUCGGCGGAUGCGGGCAGGUCCCACAGCGACCUUCGACAUCCGAUGCAUCCUUACGACUUGCAAAGCUUGCAUUGAACCGAGGGUAUAUGGUGAUGUUUUCGGACUUCAGCCUGAAAGCCUUGAUCAGCCACUGGGAUGUACAUCUCUUCGGGCCGAACCCCUUUCGGCAGACCGGAGUUUGCUCUGGCCAAUUGCAGUUGAACUUUGAUCCAGAAGUGCUCAAGUCCUGCUCCUCACGCCAGCUGGCGAAAGUUGGAGAGUUGUGCCAAGACGGCAAGGCGCUCAUUCAGGCUGCUUCGAACACCAUUGUCUAUGAGGUGGUGGAGGGAGCUGCAGAAACUGCUGAGAGGUCAACGGCCUAUAUGUUGCAGAUUCUCACGACGGCCACGAACCCCCACACCCCCUGGUUGCCGCAGACGCAACAGAAAAGCACUGCUGGUCAUGUGCUUCUCAGCUAUCCCAGUGGAGGCCGCAUGUUGACCAGUGCAGGGCAUUGGAAGGAGCUGGUGCAUCUGGGUGGAGUUUCCGAAGAGGCUCUCUUGCGCGUGGCCGAGCGGUACUACGGGAAGGCCUACAGUACCAACUUGGGUGCUCAGCUACAGCAAUGCUGCGACAUGGGCAGCCGCAUGCAGAUGCAACAGGCUUCAGCACAGCAGUUUGUCCAAAUGAGCGCGCCAUACUGA